AUGGCUUCCAAAUGCUUCACAACCCUCCACACCGCCGUCAUUUUCCCCCCAUUCUGCCACGUCAAACCGGUCCGCUACUUGUCCGCCAUGGCCGCCUCAUCGACGCCCGCCUCCCUAACUGGCCCGCCCCCGAUCAACCAAAAACCCCCCUCCCCGCCGUCCCCCGUCACCCUCAUCGGCCCGGCCGAGAUCUACCGAACAUCCGCCUCCCCUCCUCCUCCCGCCAAACCCAAGAAGACGGACCCAUUUAUGGACCUCAUGGUGGCGAACUACAACAACCCCCCACCACCGAUGAUGGGCCUGACGGAGAACAACUCUCCGACAUUCCUGUCCUCCGGCAACCACUGCCUUGAUUUCUUCUUCCACGUCGUCCCCGACACCCCGCGGGAGACAGUCACCAAGCGCCUGGAGCUUGCCUGGAAGGAGGACCCCCUGACCGCUCUGAAACUCGUCUUCAACCUCAGGGGCGUGCGGGGCACCGGUAAAUCCGACCGGGAGGGCGGCUAUGCCUCCGCCCUCUGGCUCCACGAGAACCACCCCAAAACCCUGGCCGGCAACGUGGGCCCCCUUGCCGAAUUCGGCUACUUCAAGGACCUGCUGGAGAUCCUGUUCCGGAUCCUCGAGGGCCCCGAUGCUCGGGACCGGCUGAACGAGGCGCACCAGCAGUGGAAGUACAGGCAAGCGCAAAAGGAGAUGAAGAAACAGUUCAAAGGACACAAACCACCCGCCCGAGCCUAUUCCCCAAGACCCACCUAUUACCCGAGACCCACCUAUUCCCCGAGACCCACCAUUAGCGGCUUGAAGCAUAGUAAGAGAGGACCAAAAUUGAGCCCCAAAGAGAUGAGAAUCGAGCGUGCCAAACGCGCGGUCGAGAAGUACAACACCGACCCCAAGUACCAGUUCCUGCACGACCGCGUGUCCGAUUAUUUCGCCAAGUGCCUCCGGUCAGACAUGGAGAUACUCAACUCCAGUGACCAACCGAAGAGACUCAGCUUGGCCGCCAAAUGGUGUCCGUCCCUGUAUGCCUUCUACGAUAAAUUCACCCUAGUGUGCGAAACAAUCGGGAAAAAGGUUUUCCCGAGGGCCGAGUACCCGGAAUACGAAGGUUUGGGGGAGAUCCAAUACGCGUGUCGUGUUAGGAACCGCCUUAGAAAGCAUGUGCUGGUCCCUCUGCGUAAAGCCCUGGAGCUGCCGGAGGUCCACAUCGGGGCCGGCAACUGGGGCUCCAUCAAAUACAACCGGGUGGCUUCCCUUGCCAUGAAAAGGUACAAGAGACUAUUCUUUGAGCACGACGAGGAGAGGUUCAAAGGGUUCCUCGAGAAAGUGAAAAAGGGGGAGGCGAAGAUUACCGCCGGAGCCCUGCUGCCCCACCAGAUAAUCUCGGGAUUGUAUGACGGUGAGUCUGAUGGCGGCGAGGUGGCAGAGCUUCAGUGGAGGAGGAUGGUGGAUGACGUGGCGAAGCAAGGGAAGUUGAGUAAUUGCCUGGCGGUUUGCGACGUGUCGGGGAGUAUGACUGGGAUUCCGAUGGACGUCUCGGUGGCACUGGGAUUAUUGGUCUCGGAGAUUAGCGAGGAGCCGUGGAAGGGAAAGGUCAUCACUUUCAGCGAGAAUCCCCAGCUUCAUGAAGUCAAGGGAGAAAGCUUGAAGGAGAAGGUUGAGAGUGUGCAGAGGAUGGAUUGGAUGAUGAACACCAACUUCCAGAAGGUUUUCGAUUUGCUGCUUUCGGUGGCUGUGGAAGGAAAACUGAAGCCGGAGAAUAUGAUAAAGAGGCUGUUUGUUUUCAGUGAUAUGGAGUUUGACCAGGCGUCACUGAACCCGUGGGAGACUGAUUACCAAGCAAUUGUGAGGAAGUUUGGGGAGAAGGGGUAUGGUGAUUGUGUGCCGGAGAUUGUGUUUUGGAAUCUGAGGGACUCGAGGGCCACGCCAGUGCCUGCCCACCAGUCGGGAGUGGCGCUCGUUAGCGGGUUUUCGCAGAAUCUGAUGCAGGUGUUUAUGAAGGAGGGAGGGGUUAUCAGUCCCCUGGCAGCUAUGGAGUUGGCGAUUUCGGGCGAGGAGUAUGAUCAGCUGGUCGUGUUGGAUUGA